CCUAAAGCAUGAACGCGUCUGCUCUCUACUCCACCACGAGAAAGACAGCCCCACUCUUACUAAAGUUUUUCUGACUUUUCCCCAAUUUUCUGGGCUCAAAUCCGUCUUUUUAAACGUUAUAAUCAUAGCCAUAACAGCUGACCUUGCACUGAGGGUGUACGCGCUGUUAAGCUGCAGAAAGACGCAUGCAAAAGUCAGAUCUGUGGAGGGGCUGCACGGGGCUGCUUUGUUUUGAUCGGGGAAAAAGACACGCUUCCAUCAUCAAAGUUUUUGAAGUUUGUCACCAUGGAUGAGCAGACGGCCUCUCCCGGGACCAACGCCGAGAACAACUCUCAAAGAAACGGAGACGAGAAGCCCAGGCGCAGCUGGACCAAGGGGAGGAAGAGGAAGAAGCCGAUGAAGGACAGUAACGCCCCCAAAGCUCCUCUGACCGGGUACGUGCGCUUCAUGAAUGACCGGCGGGAGCAGCUCCGAGCCGAGAGACCAGACGUCCCCUUCCCAGAGAUCACUCGGAUGUUAGGCAACGAGUGGAGCAAGCUGCCACCAGACGAGAAGCAGAGAUACUUGGAUGAAGCAGAGAAGGACAAAGAGCGUUACAUGAGAGAACUGGAGAAAUAUCAAAAGACUGAGGCCUACAAACAUUUCACCAGGAAAGUCCAGGAGAAACAGAAGGGCAAGAGACACAGAGAAGUUGGACACCAGGCACCUAACGAGACUCUUCAUGAGAAGGACAUUGAGGGGAAGGACAGGACUGUGUUUGACAUCCCAAUCUUCACAGAGGAGUUCCUCAACCACAGCAAAGCCCGGGAGGCUGAGUUGCGGCAGCUGCGUAAGACCAACAUGGAGUACGAGGAGCGUAACGCUGCGCUGCAGAAGCACGUGGAGAGCAUGAGGGGCGCUGUGGAGCGACUGGAGGGAGACGUGAUGCAGGAGAGAGGAAGAAACAGCCUUCUACAGCAGCAUCUGGAGACGCUGAGACAGGCGCUCACGUCCAGCUUCUCAUCAGUGCCACUGCCAGGAAGUGGAGAGACCCCCACUCUCGACACCAUCGACGUGUACAUGAAGAAGCUGCACAGCAUCAUCCUGAGCAGCCCCCAGGAGCACGAGCACCUCAUCGGCACCGUGAGGGACGUGGUCAACCGCCUGGACAGAUAAUUCUACACUACCUGGUGAAGACUGGGAUCCAAAACUUUCACAACGUGCUGAUUCGUUCCUUCCACCACGUUCCACCACGUUCGUUCCACCAUCAUCUCAGUCGUUCCUGUCUUUUAUUGUCUCGAGUAGAUGAAGGUGAUUUUGCAUUUCCUAUUUAUUUUUUACUGUUUGAAGCUGUUUGCUGUUGUUGUACCUAAAUACUGAAAUGCAUAGAAAGGCCAGCCCCGCGCUUCUGUUGCAGUCUUCUUGUUCCAAACGCCUUUAUAACAUUCUCUGAAAUGUUACUGUGUCAAAACGUGCAGAAAUCCUGUCGAAGUUUGUGUUCGCUCAGACAGACCUGUGCCAUUCAGUCUCUGUGAAUUCUGUGUUCAAUAAAAACGUUUACACCUCU